AUGGGCUGCAACAACUCUCGCCACAUCCUCGAGAUGGAGUCUCGACCUAUCCGUCCUGUGACCAUCUCAAGCCAUUCAGUUGGCUCUGUCAUGGCUCCCUCGUCCAUCUUUCAAGACUUCCCUGAAACCUCAGAGUUGAGUCGACAGCAGAUCAUCGACGCCUUCCAACAUAUGGCCGAGUACCUGAACGAAUGUGGUACAUAUGUGAACUGUGCUGUCGUUGGCGGUGUUGUGAACACACUCUAUCUGCGUCACAGAGAGACAACACCUGAUGUCGAGUUCCUCCUUCACGAUCCUGCCUCGAAAGAGUACAUCACACUCAGCAAUGCUGCCAGUUUCGCCAACAAGAAGGCUCAAGGAACUCUCGGGGAGCAGUGGUUCAACAACUCGAUGCAAUUCUUUGUGCCUCGAAAUGUCCAGGUCGAUAUUCUUCAAUGGGCCAAGGACCAGCAUGAAGUCAUCUUCGAGCAUCGCGGUAACUACGGCGGUUUGACAGUUUACGCUGCUCCGUGGGACUAUGCGCUGUGCAGCAAACUCAACAGUCUCUACGACAACAUUCGAGCCGAUGAUAUGGAGGAUGCAGUCGCAUACCUACAUCGAUAUCUGACUCUUACUCGCCAGGAGUCCCUCAAUGGAAACCAAGUAAACGACUGGUGCAGGAAGUACCAUCAAGAUGUUUCGCGAGAGGUGCUGAAUCGUCUCGGAGAGGCAUAUGCUCGAAAACACGGUAGUUGGCCACUUCAGUGGUGA